AUUUCCAUCGAAAUUAAUAUUAUCUUUAUUUUUCCCCAAAAAUAAAGACUACUGUAUUUCUUUAAAAAGAAGUCGAUUGAAAGUUUUGUAGUAGAGAAAAAGAAAAAGAGAACACUGCAAGUUGUCGUCGAUCGGGAAUGGUGAAGGAGACGGAGUACUACGAUGUUCUAGGGGUCAGCCCUUCUGCUACAGAGGCUGAAAUCAAGAAAGCUUAUUACAUCAAGGCACGGCAGGUUCACCCUGAUAAAAACCCCAAUGAUCCUCUAGCAGCACAGAAUUUUCAGGUGUUGGGAGAGGCCUACCAAGUAUUAAGUGAUCCGACACAACGACAAGCAUAUGAUGCCUAUGGGAAAUCAGGAAUCUCGGCUGAAGCAAUUAUAGAUCCUGCAGCGAUAUUUGCAAUGCUUUUUGGUAGUGAACUUUUUGAGGAAUAUAUAGGACAGCUUGCUAUGGCAUCAAUGGCUUCACUAGACAUUUUUACAGACAGGGAGCAAGUUGAUCCUAAAAAGUUGCAGGAGAAAAUGAAGGUUGUUCAGAAGGAGAGAGAAGAAAAGCUUGCACAAAUACUGAAAGAUCGACUAAAUCAAUAUGUGCAAGGAAGCAAAGAGGACUUUGUUAAUCACGCGGAAGCUGAAGUGUCGAGGCUCUCUAAUGCAGCUUAUGGUGUUGAUAUGUUGAAUACAAUUGGUUAUAUAUAUGCAAGGCAAGCAGCAAAAGAGCUUGGGAAGAAAGCGAUAUACUUGGGUGUGCCAUUCAUUGCUGAGUGGUUUAGAGACAAAGGCCAUUAUAUUAAAUCCCAAGUAACAGCAACUACAGGUGCAAUUGCUUUACUUCAGCUUCAGGAGGAAAUGAAGAAGCAGCUUAGUGCAGAAGGAAACUACACUGAGGAGGAGCUUGAAGAGUACAUGCAAUCUCACAAGGAGAUACUGACUGAUUCCUUAUGGAAGCUUAAUGUAGCUGACAUAGAAGCUACUCUUUCUCGUGUUUGUCAAAUGGUUCUCCAAGAUGGCAAUUGCAAAAGGGAAGAACUUCGAGCACGAGCAAAAGGGUUGAAAACCUUGGGUAGAAUCUUCCAGAGGGCCAAGUCUGCCAAUGGAAGUGAGAGUGAAACUGUUGAAAGCAGUAAUACAGUACAUACAUUGGAUGGAAGUGAACCGAGCUAUGACAGCAGUUCUCUUAAUGCAUCAUCAAGAUCUCUAAACCAGGAAGAGUUAUCUCGUUCUACAUUUGCGUCACAGAGCCCUUAUGUGGAGGCCCCUAACUUUGUGGAUACUCAGUUCACCUACAACUUUCCAAGGCCAACAGCACCACCUGGUGCGCAAAGGACAUCCUUGAAUUAGCCGCGAAUGAGGUGGUUCAUCCCUAAAGGUGCGUGCUUUGUAUUCUACAGCUACCAUAUUUGUGGAUGCAGCUGUCACAGGUAUUUGAAUGUCAUAUCAUAUUUGUUCAGGCAUACUUGUCUCCGAGUGAUCUGAUCAUUAUGUGUUAUUGUGUUUAAUAUAUUUAAUUAUUUAUGACAGAUUAGAUCUAUAUGUAUAGAGUGAAAGAAAGAUGGUUGUAGAAUAUAGGUAUUUCCAUUUCACAGUUAGGCUUAGAUUGCCUUUUUUUUUUAAUUUGCAUUUGUUGUGUUGUGGUUUUACACUGUAAAUUAGUACAUACACCUUUUGACAUCCUUAUUAUUUGAAACAGAGUGUCGAAUAUUGACUUUGUGAUA